GAUCCACCUGAUGGCUGGCCGAGUGCCCCAAGGGGCUGACCGAGCUGCAAUCCAAGGUGAGAUGGAGACAGUUUUUCUGGAGAACCUGAAAUAUGCAGCUGGGGUUUUGGCUCAGGAGAACCUCGUGGGACUGCUGGAGCCCAUUAACACUCGAAUCACGGACCCCCAGUACUUCCUGGAUACACCCCAGCAGGCGGCAGCCAUCUUGCAGAAGGUUGGGAGACCCAAUCUUCAACUGCAAAUGGACAUAUUCCACUGGCAGAUCAUGGGUGGUAAUCUGACAGCAAACAUCAGGGAGUUCCUGCCCAUUGUUGGGCAUGUGCAAGUGGCACAGGUCCCAGACCGAGGGGAGCCAGGCAGUUCUGGAGAGCUGGACUUUUCUUACCUGUUCCAGCUGCUAGAAGAUGAAGGCUACCAAGGAUUUGUGGGCUGCGAGUAUCGGCCUCGAGGAGACACGGUGGAGGGUCUGAGCUGGCUACGUUCAUACUGGGACAGACGGGGCCACCCACAGACAGGCCAGUAAGGUUCUACACAGUACCUGCAUGCUGCUCUGGGGCAGCGGGCAAGGGUCCUGAGGCCCCUCCUCUGAAUUAAAGACACACUGAAUAUUUU